GCCGAAUGGAACAUUUCCGCUCGCGAGUCACUCACAAUACACGUGCGAGGAAUUUCUCCACGCCUUAUAUCAUCAGAACAUGAACUUGAAAUCCCGACCGUGGGCCACCAGAGCGGUCCUGCUGUGAGUGCCCGCGAGUUGACCCGUAACUCCCAGGCAGACCAGGCAGCCAUGAAGUCCCUCCACCGCAAUGGCGUGCUCCGGCUCGCCGUCGUUUUGCUCCCUCUUGCUCCAAGUUUGGUGUCGACCCAGGACGAGUCCGACUGUCAGCCGUACCGAUGGGAUUUUGGCGGGCUCAAGAUGCGCGAAGAUCCCGCCGACCCGUUGCCCACUCAGGGAACGCCCAUCCCAGUCGCCUUGGGCGAGGUCAACUGCCGGUACUGGACGACCACGCCCGCCGAGGUCAACUACUACACUUGUUCGCAGAUGGCGCAGCGCUACAGCAUCUCCAACGACGUGCUCUUCAACCUGAAUCCGGGCCUCGCGCGCGACUGCAGCAACGUGCAGCCGAAAACGGACUACUGCGUCCGGGGUUGUAAGUCAUUCCUCCACCAAGAGACAAGACUGAGAGGCUGGAGCUGACCUGGUCAAAGUUAUCGAGCCGGUCAGGGCCCUCAACGGCAAGUGCGGCCCUCCCAACAACAAUGCCACCUGCUUGGGCACCGACAAGCAGUGCUGCAACUCGCAGACCUGGACCUGCGGCAACUCGACGGCCGACUGCGCUCCGGGUACGUGCUACGAAGGUGCCUG